AAAAGAAUCAGACUUAACUCAAAAUAUUGAGAAUUUGAUGGUAAGGAUAUUUAAUGGGAGAAACAAAAAAAAAUAAGAGGUAAAGUAGGAGAAAAAAUAUCACAUAUCAAGAUGUAAAACCUAUCUAAAUAUCAGAAAUUUGAUAUCUCUAGAUUUAAGAGAUUUGAAAUCUUUGAAGCUAAAAUCUACGUUACAAAAAGAACAAUAAAAUAUAAUUUUCUGUUGGAUCUAUGGAUUCAAUGAAUCUCUAGUCCAAAUCCUUUUCUUCAAAUGAGCUCGAAAUCUUAAAUAUUUUUUUGUGAAAAACUUUAUUUGAUGAUAUUAGUUGCAAAAAUUACAAGAUAAAUUUCAUUAAUUAUGUUAAUUAUUAUAACAAAAUUGAGACUAUCAUGUCAUUGAACGGUUUAACACGUUACCUUUGAUGUUUUUGACUGAAAAAUCUAGUUCUCUCUCAAAACUCACAAAACAAACUUUUAUACCCGAGUGUAGAGCAUGGCUCAUAGCCUGGUUCAUGGGUUUGGGCCACGAACAUGGCUUAGGUUGUGACUUGCCCAAAACUUGCUUGUUUCAUUUAUCAUUAGGGGGCAAGUCAUGGUUUGGUGUGAAGUGACACCCACAACGGUGGCUUUUGAAGCUGUGGAUGUAACUUGUGUUUUCCUCCUGUCUUCUUGUUCACCUCACGCCUUGGAGGUGAGAGUCACCGCCAUGGCCGUGACAUUGGGCAACCUGGAUGUGACAUAAGAUUUUAUGUUGCCUUCGUCCUGUUCUUUCCUCCAAAUUCUCCGAAUUUUGUUCCUAGGCUCCAUGCACGCACUAGGACAUGAAAUAUGACAAAAAAGGAAAACCUAGUGUAAAAUAGGCUGAAGAAUGAGUUUGACCAAGUCAAACAAUCAAGAUAUGGGGAUCUAAACAUAUAUAUUUUUAUCGGUAUCAAUUUCCCCACACUUAAUUGUUUGCUUUCCCCAAAUAAAUCUAAGUCAAACCAAUGCAAUUCACUAGACUCGCAUAAUGGCUUACAAUUUCGAUCGUGGGUAGUGGGUAAAUAGCAACUUACGAGGUCUACCGGAGACAAGAAAUCUCCCAACCACAUAAGAGAGGACUCUAGCUUCGAGUUAAGAAAAGCCGAAUGGUAGAGGUAGGACAAACAACAUGUGAAUGAGAAGACUAAACAGGCCACUAAUAUCUUGUCUAUUCAGUUUCGAGGAGAGGUAUAAGGAAGGAUGCAAAAAAUCAUAUAUAAACUUCUAUGCACCCUAAAAUUGAACGGACCGAAAACAAAAUCAUAUAUAAACUUCCAACCUAUUUAUAUGUAUACUAGGUGGCGAUGAGAAUUAGGCAUAGUCUCAUUAGACUAUGUCUAAUUCUAUGAAACACUAUUUAAUAAGAGAACUAAAACUGCCUUCGUGCCGUGGACUAGUCUCAACAUUUAUCGUUGAGGAAACCACGUAAAUUCGGUGUGUUGUGUGCUUGCUUUGUGAUUCCGUUUAUGAUUGUCAUGGUAUCAGAGCUUCGGGAUUGAUCUUGUGGAUUUCAGAGCUUUGGUUUCUAUUUGGUGCGCCGAUUUCUGGUCUCUCGGCUUCUGUUUUGGUCCGCUGCUUUCUGGUGUCACAGCUUCAGGUUCUGUCUUUUUGGUUGUUUAUUGAUUCUGAAUUCCAGCGCUUGCGUGCGUCUGGUGGCUUCCGUUUUUGUGGGCUUCUUCUGGGUUUCUUGUUCGUGCAUUUCUGGACCAUGGGCUUCAGCGGCGUCCGCUUUUGUGGUUUCUUCCGGUCUCUUUUGCUUGUUUGUGGGUUCUUUCUUGGCGGCGAUUUUUGUUGGUGGUUUCUUGGCUUAUUUUCUAGGUUCCUUCCCACAGCAUCGCAGCUUGAGGUUCCAACUUCCAACUACACAGCUCGAGUCUAGCAGCAACCUGGUUCCCGUUUCUCUAGCUGCUGCUCUUUUGUAUUUGCUUCUUCCUGGUCCCCGUUUCCUCUCGGCUGCUGCUAUGUAGCUGCUGGUUUGUUUAUUAUUCUUGGAUGCUGCUGUUGUGAUUCUUGGUUUUUCGCCUGUCUAUUAUUUUUGGGUGGUUCUUGGCAGUUUGGGUGUUUGGACGAGGUGGUUUUGCUUGCUUAUUCUGCAGUUAUGGAUGGUGCUAAGGAUGUUCCCUCUGUUCGUUUCAAUGGGAAGAACUUCCCGCUGUGGGAACUUCAAUUUCAGAUUUUUGUGCAGGGGCGUCGGUUGCUCCCUAUUCUCGAUGGUACUUCUCCUGCUCCGUGUGCGGAUGCCUCAGCCAAGGUUCAGGCAGAUUGGGCGAUUGAAAAUGCUCAAGUCAUGUCUAUGAUCUUGUCGUCAAUGGAUCCAACCGUUGCUCUUAGUCUCCGGGCCUUCCUGACUACUCAUGCCAUGUGGAAGCAUUUGCGUGAUAUCCACUCUCAAGCUGACAUCUCGCGCAAAUUUGAGCUGGAAACUGCUAUGCCACUCUUCAUCAGGGGGAUCUGGAUGUCUGUGCCUACUAUCAAGCUGCGCUCAAUCUCUGGACCGAGCAGGACAUGCUGACGGCGUCUCUUGUUUCUGAAGCGGUGUCAGCUGAGGUGCUUAAGGAGCGUGUCAGUUCUUGUCUGAUGGGGUUUCUCAUGCGUCUUAACCCUGCUUUUAAAGGCAUUCGCUCGUCGAUACUUCAUCGCAAUAUCGGCUCCAUUGAGGAAGUCUUGGCUGAGCUGAUUCGUGAGGAGACGCGUCUCCGUGCUCAAGCUAAGCUUGAUGUUCACUCCUCUGAUUCUGGUUCUGUUUUUGCUGUUCAGCAGGGUCCUCCGCAGUUUGGUCGUACCCCUUUAGGGGUGGUCAUUUGUUAUCACUGCAAGGAACCGGGUCACAUCCAGGUUCGUUGCCCGGAGCGAGUGGUGUGCAGUUAUUGUAAGGCUGCUGGGCAUGUUAUUGGGGAUUGUCACAUUCUUGCGCAGCGGGGUCGAGGUCAUGGUGGUCGCUCAGGCUCGUCUCCCUCUGCUGGUCGGGGCUAUUCUGCUCCCCGUGCUCCUCCUGGUGUGUCGUAUGCCACUACUCCUUUUACCCUCAUUACGGUGGCGGCUGGUUCCGCUAGCUCCUCGGGUGUGUUCUCUGCGGAGAUACGGCGUUUAGUUCAGGAAGCACUCCAGGAAUCUCUUCCUUCUGCGGUCACUGCUGCCUUCUCGACUGGACAUGAGGACGGGGAAGGUGAUAGGGCACGGGAGUAAGCGGGGUCGUGUUUUUCUCCUUGAUUGCUAUGAGCGCCAGGAGGGAGAUCGGGGUGGUACAGAUGACGGGACUAUAGCUCGGGACUCCAUUUCAGCUCGCACCAUUAAGGAGGAGGAUUUUGCUUUUGAUUCACAUUUACAAUUAGACAAUACUGGUUAUUCUAUUAAAUUGUCUGAUUGGGAUUUGUGGAAUUUUCAGCUUGGCCACCCUCAUAAAUCGAGACUUUUUGAUAUGUUUAAGAAGAAUUGGUUGUCUGGCACCAUUCGCACUAGGCCUGAUUAUACGUGCACUCAUUGUGUGGAGGCUAAGAUUUCUCAGCGUUCAUUUAGUGCUAGUACCACGGAGUAUGUUGAUCCGUUUGAUCUGGUUCACACCGACCUAUGGGGGCCUUCUCCCGUCACAGCUCGUCUUGGUUUUCGCUAUUUUGCUCUGUUUAUGGAUCAUGUUACGAGAUUUACGUGUGUUUACUUUCUCAAACAGAAAUCUGAACUCUUUGAUGUAGCCCGUGACUUUAUUCAGAUGGUUUCCACUUAGUUUGGGAAAACAAUCAAGAUUAUGCGCUUAGAUCCCGGCGGGGAGUUCUCAUCUAAUCCUUUGCAGGAUUUAUUUCUGCAAAAGGGUAUUCUACCUCAGCAGUCAUGUCCCGGUGUAUCGCAACAGAACGGGUUGGUGGAGCAAAAGAAUAGCCAUGUGCUGGAGCUCACUCGGGCACUACUCUUUCAUUCCUGCCUUCAUACUAGCUUUUGGGUUGAAGCUGUUCAUACGGUAGUGUACCUUAUUAAUAGGCAGAUCACUCCGGUCCUUAAUCAAUGCAGUCUGUACCAGAUUAUUCUCGUCUUCCCAAGUAUGCUUGGCUCAGGGUGUUUGGUUGCACAUGCUAUGUCUUAUUACCUCGUCGGGAACGCAAUAAUUCUAAUGACUAAGUUGUAAUUUAAUUAAAUUUGAGGUAUCAAAAUAUAAUAGUUUAGGCAACCGUAACCUCACUUCAACUUUAUAUAUAUUAACAAUGCAACACAAAGUUACAACUUCAAAAGAAAAACUUACCGCUAUGGAUUUUGUGAAGAUUGAAAAGUGAUAAAUGAAUAAACAUCAACAUUAAAA